AUGGCAGGAGGACUCACUCUAGCUUGGAAGGACAGCAUCAAUGUUCAAAUUAUAAACAGCAGGAAAUUUUUUGUAGCAGCUGAAGUUAAGGAAUUCAGAAAUAAUGGGGUAUGGACGUUCAUUGGUGUCCAUUUGAGUUGUUCGAAACAAAUUCAAGCCUUACAGUUUGAGGAGCUUACAACAAUGAGUCAACAACUAGAAAGGAAAAGUGUGGAUAUUGGAAUGGUGGGGCGGCCUUUCACGUGGACAAACCGAAGACAAGGAAAGGAUUUGGUGAAGGAGAGGCUUGACCGCUAUUUAGUAGGGAUGGGAUGGAAGCUGAAAUUUCCAAAUGCAGUAGUGCACAGGCUCACAAAAUCAGGCUCGGAUCAUGCACCUAUCUUGAUGGAAACUAAACCUCAAUCCUGGCAUAGUAAAAGGUGUUUUAAAUACCAGGAACAUUGGUCUAGAGAAGAUGAUGUCAAAAGAAUUGUCGGUGAAGUGUGGAAAAUAGAAGUAGUAGGCUCCGCUAUGUUCUCCGUGGCCCAAAAGUUGAAAGAAUGUAGACAUAGAUUAGUUCAAUGGCAGAUAACUCACAAAGCAAACUUUCGAAAAGAAAUUGAGGACCUUCAAGCUAGCCUAGAAGAGCUGCGGGUGGCUGGAAUCAAUGGGGGAGAGGAGAUUACCAGAUUGGAAGAGAAGUUGGAGCUAGCAUAUAUGAAAGAAGAGAGCUAUUGGAGAGAAAAAUCUAGAAUAAAAUGGCAAAAAGAAGGAUAUCAGAACACCAGAUUCUUUCACCAGAAAUUUCAAUCAAGGGUGCGAAGGAACAGAAUUUGGAGAUUAGUUGGGAGGAACAAUGAGAUUGCAUCGAAACCGGAGGAUAUUGCAAAGGUAGCUGAAGACUACUUCUGUGAUAUUUUUACUUCUUCUUGUUCGGUUGAUCCGAAUCCAUAUUUGGAGGAUUUGGAGCCUAAGGUUACAGCUUCCAUGAACUGUAGGCUCCAAAGGCUGGUAACUAUAGACGAGGUCAAAAGAGCUACGUUUAGUGUUCAUGCUAAGAGUGCUCCUGGUGAUGACGGGUUUAUAGCUAAGUUUUUUCACUUUUUCUGGGAUAUAGUUGGAGGUGACGUUUUUAAGACAGUGCAAAGUUUCUUUCACAGUGGCAGAAUUAUAAAAAACUUCAACCAUACUCAAAUUUGUUUGAUUCCAAAGGUGCUAGAUGCUAGUGAUAUGACUCAGAGAAGUGGAGCAGAUCAUGAGAUGGCUAUUAAACUAGAUAUGAGCAAGGCUUAUGAUAGGGUUGAAUGGCACUUCUUAUGGUACAUCAUGGAAAAGCUGGGCUUUGAUGCUAAAUGGAUUAACUGGACUAAGAAAUUGGUAAUGACUGUUUCUUAG